AUGUCAGUACCAGGAAUGCGCAUCGGGCGCCUCCAGCCAGAGGACAUCCCCGCCGUGGCCAAGCUCGCCGGGCAGGCGUUUGAGAAUGAUCGGCAGACGCAGAUGAAGGCGCUGGGCGGGGAGGAGCCCUUUGACAUGGAAAAGCACACGCUCGAGAGCAUGCCGAGCUACCUGACGUCGCGGACGUGCCACGUGCUCAAGGCCGUCGACGAGGCGACGGGCGACAUCAUGGGCGUCUGCAACUGGGGCAUCAAGGGCUUCGUGCCCAAGAGCAUGCCGUACUUUGAGGAGCGUGUGGCCGAGGCCGCCGCGGCCAAGCCCGUCGAGGAGACCAAGGCGACGCAGGCGGAGCCGGAGCCGGAAGGCGAGGGAGCAGCCAAGCCCAACGAAGAGCCCAAGGAGGAGACGGACCCGAUCAAGCGCCUCGUCGCCCUCACCGACGCCGACAUGCAGGCGUGGAUGGCCGAGGUGAUGCCCGCGGGCACCAGGUGCCUCUUCAUCGUCGGCCUGACCGUGUCGCCAAAGUACCAGGGCCGCGGCGUGGGCUCGGCGCUGCUGCGCUGGGGCACGCGCAUCUGCGACGACAACGGCGUCUUUGCGUGGGUGCACUCGUCGGAUCCCGCGUGGGGCAUGUACCAGAAGAGCGGCUUCGAGGUCAUUCGCAGCCUCGACGUCGACCUGGACGAGUACGCGCCGUGCAAGCCCCCGGGGGAGGGGGAGGAUGCGAAAUGGGGCCACUACGUGUUUCGCUACAUGAAGUAUCUCCCCAAGACGCCAAGGGAGGAGAAUUGA